AUGCUCGGCCGUCGCUCUAGCACUAUUGUGUUUGCCCUCGGGUGCUCCUGGGACAUAUUCGGCGCCUUGGGCGGUCCGGUCCAGGCUCCUGUGCUCGUUCUACCACCAGAGGCUGCAGAAUAUCGUCAGAAGACCAUCGAUGUCUUCGAGACUAGCUGGACCGCAUACAAGGAGUAUGCUUGGGGACAUGAUGAUUUGAGCCCAGUCAGCAUGAGCUACUCGGACGCGUACGGUGGUUGGGGGGCGACCAUUGUGGACGCUCUCGAUACUAUUUGGCUUAUGGGGCUCACUGACAUUUUCGAAGAGGCGCUGAAUUUCACCACUUCAGUCGACUUCUCCGUUACACCCACGGACGACCAAAUAGAUCUCUUCGAGACGACGAUCCGAUAUGUCGCUGCAUCGCUGGCAACCUAUGAGCUGAGCGGUUACCAAUAUCCCGCUCUCGUGGAGCAAGCCAAGGUCCUCGUGGACAAAAUGGCUUAUGCAUGGGUCGGGAACAACUCCGUCCCGUACGGAUACAUGAACUGGAACGAGACCACGCCUGUGGUUGGCACCACUAACAUUGCCGAGGCCGGCACUCUCACUAUGGAAUGGGGAACCCUCUCAAAUUUCACCGGAAAUCAGACAUAUCGCAAGCUCAGUGAGGAGUCCGUCAUCUACAUCGCUAAUCUGCCUCCUCCCCUCCCUGCUUUGCCCGCUCAAGAUUUUGAUCCCACUACUGGCCAAUUUGUUGGUUCCUAUGUGUCGUGGGGCGGUGGAUCCGACAGCUAUUUCGAAUACCUUAUCAAAUGGGCUCGUCUUUCGAACACGGACAACAACAUUUUCGCCGAUGCUUGGGCUGCAGCUGUUGAUUCAUCCAUUCAGAACCUUGCAAGGACGUCCACUGUACUCGACUGGCAAUACAUGGCAGAUUGGGAUGCUGGCGAAAUCAUCCAUAUUGGGUCACACCUUGAAUGCUACUUAGCUGGCAACUGGAUGCUUGGCGGCAAGUUGCUGAAUAACGACACUAUCGUCAACUACGGUCUUGCACUCAUGGAAUCUUGCUGGAACACCUAUGCCAGCACUGCUACUGGUAUCGGCCCAGAAUACUUCGGAUACUUCUCAUCUGACGGUAAUUAUACGGGAUCUACUCCAUCAGAUGGGGAUAUCGCGUUCUACGAGAGACAUGGAUUCUUCAUCUACCCCGGCGAAUCCGACUACUACCUGCGCCCGGAGGUACUCGAGUCAAACUUUUACGCAUGGCGUGUGACCGGGGACCCGAAGUACGUGCAGCGCGCCGCCGACGCGCUCGACAGCUUUACGGAAUACCUCCCCGCGCCAUCUGCAUACGCUGGUAUCAACGAUGUCGAUGCGACGGACUCAACAUUCAUCGACGACAUGCAGAGCUUCUGGUUCGCAGAGGUCUUGAAGUACUUGUUCUUGACAUUUAACGACCCCAGUGUCAUCAGUUUGGACGAAUUAUCUCUGGUAGACGUCUUCAACACUGAGGCACACCCCUUCAAGGCUCCACCCGCGAAGGAGGUAUACGGAAGUGGAACACCUCUUAGCACAGAUCCGUCUGCUUUCAGGCCUAUCAGCGCGCCACUUCCUGUGAUCAGCCCUGCGCCCGCUGUUGCCCCACUUCCAGUGAGCUCUGGACUGUGA